AUGACACUUUUUCAUGCAGUUGGGCAACAAAGUUGGCUAUUCUUGGUCGAGUUGCUCAUUGGAGGUUUCGUGUUGUACCUCUACCUUUUUAACAUCAGGCCUGCAACACCAAAGAUUAGAAAUCUUCCUGAGCUUCCGGGAUGGAGACCUUUUUGGGGUCAUUUGAAGCAAUUAGGUUCCGAUCACUCAACAAAGCUUCAGCAACUAUCCAUCAAGCAUAAUAUUCCAGUAUUUCAAUGCUUAUUUGGAAACCAAAGAAUCAUCUUCAUCAAUUCUUAUGAAGCUGCUAACGAGUGGUUUAUCAAGAACCAAUCUGUGUUGAAGGACAGGCCUGUUUUCUAUACCUUUCACAAACUUGUGUCUACUUCUCAGGGUCUUACUAUUGGUACUUCCCCAUGGAAUGAUGAGUGCAAAAGAAGAAGGCUUAAUGUUCAGCGGUAUAUGACUACACCAGCUAUCCAAGAAAGAGCAGGCCUGAUCGAUGUUGAGGUCUAUUCACUCCUCAGGGACAUGUAUCGUGAUACACAGGUAGAAAGCUGCUAUCCGUACCCCUAUACACAGCGGCUUGCUCUCAAUUUCACUACAAUGCUUUGUUACGCAACCCGAUUUGAUGAUAUCAAAAACUCUUUGCUCGAACAAAUAUUAUCUAUUGUUCGAGUGAUCUCUUCUUUUAGAUCGACCAACCAAAAUUUCCAAGAUUUUAUCCCAUUUCUACGAUUUCUUCCGGAAAAUAGCAGACGGAAGGCUGCAUUACAUUCUAGUAAGACCAGAGAUGAAUGGCUAACAAAACUCACAAACGAGGCUCUAAAUCAUAAGGACUCACGGCCAAGUAUCGUUGGAGACUUUGCUAAAGAUACUGAAACUAGCAGACUGAACCUUGAUGACGUCAAGUCAAUCUGUGUCGGGCUUGUCUCUGGUGGAUUUGAGACGGUUGGUUCAACUUCGGCUUUGAUCAUGGCUCAACUAGUUUCCGAAAAGGGUCCAGAGUGGCAGGAGAAAAUAUACAAUGAAUGUCUCGCACACUACAGUUCAGUUCAGGAAGCGUGGGGCAAGGUGCUACUUGAACAAAAAUGUGAGUUUUCCAACUCUUUUAUACGCGAAUUGCUCCGUAUGUAUGCUGUCAUUCCACUCCUUCCUGCUAGAAAAACGAUCAAAAGUUUUACAUGGAACGGUGCUUCUAUUCCUGCAGGUGAAACAGUUAUUCUCAAUGCCCAAGCAGCGAAUCACGAUAAAUCCAGAUUUGGUCCAACAGCAGAUGAGUUUAUGCCUGAAAGAUUUCUUAAUGACCCUGACAUAGAUGUCCCUCCAUAUCAUUUCACUUUUGGAGCAGGUUCCAGGGCCUGCACGGCGGUCAAUUUAUCUGUUCGAAUACUAUACGUGAUCCUUACCCGAACCUGUAUGGCAUUCACAGUUCGGAAGGAUGCAUCUCGUCAGGUUAAUACGGACUAUAUUGGCUUUGCCCAAGAUCGUACGGCUCAAACGAACUGGCCGAAAGAUUUUGGUGUUUAUUUGGAGCCGAGAGAUCCAAAAACAGUGGACGCUUGUUUUUCACAAUCAAAGAUGAAUUGUCAAGAACUUUUAUCUUAUUCAAUAGAGUACGAUAAGUAA